UGUCUGGGAAAGUUUGCAUGUAUCAUCAGCCAUUGAAUUCACCGAGGAGGCGGAGGAGGAGGAAUGGUACGUGUGUAGUACAUAAGAACCAAACCAGGGUCACCUUUCGUGUUUCCACCCUGUUAAACUCUCUCCAGGUAAAUAAGUUGCAGUUCUCACGGUGCGUUUGAGGUCAGUCGGUCUCCGGUAGCUUGUGUUUACACUUCACCCGCCUGUCAGGCAGAUAUUGAGCCGCGACAGAUGACAGUGACAGGCUGGGUGUUGUUAACUGCUCGGUGAUAAGAGAUAAACGGGGUGACGGCGGCUGUCAGGCGCAGAUAAAACGGACAAUUAACGGUCUAAACUCGACAAUGUGGCGGCAAGAAGCUCCACAACUGCUCGGCUGUGGAUACGGUGUGAAGACCUAACGGCUGGGGGGCUAAACAUGUUUACACGAGUGGAUUUACUCAGCAAGAAACACCUCGACACCAUCAGUUACUGACUCUGACUGACCACCGAGGAACAUACUUGUAUCUCUUUUGCCUUUUGUUAAGCUAAUAUCAACACAACUCGGACAAUGCGGCUUUUUAUUCGCAUGUCAAGGUGCUCGCAUGGAGUUCACCUGUCCAAGCUGAAGCUAACGCAGCAGAGGAUGUUAUGGCUGCAGCACCGGCUCACUCCUUCCGCUGCCCUCCGGAGGAAGAGACAGUCAACCGGGGUCAAGUCAUCCCUCCACCCGACCCUCUCCUUCCCUCUGUCCUCACCCUGUGUCUCUGUCCUGCCCUGCAGUCCACUCAGAGGUCUCUCCAUACUCUGCUCACACACACCGACAGUACGGACAGUCAUACACACACCUGUUGCCUUUGCCAGCUCUUCAGCUGCCUCCACACCCACACCUGCCGGGUCAGUGAAGACCCAGACAGAUACGGAGAGAGACCAGACACCCAUCACGGUCCCCCCGCGGGAGGAUGUUAAGAGGAUACUACGACUGGCUCACCCUGAGAGAUGGAGAUUGGCAGCUGCCGUGGGCUUCCUGACUGUCUCCAGUGCAGUAACGAUGUCAGCUCCCUUCUUCCUGGGUAAAGUGAUUGACACCAUUUACACUACUGGAGCAGACACAGAGACGAUGACAGCCUCCCUGACAUCAUUAUGUAUCAUGCUGACGGGAGUGUUCCUGUGUGGCGGGGCAGCCAAUGCCGCCAGAGUCUACCUCAUGCAGACCUCGGGCCAACAGAUUGUUCGUGAUCUCCGUGCCUCUGUCUUCUCCUCCAUCCUCAGACAGGAAGUGGCAUUUUUUGACAGGAAUAGCACCGGAGAGCUUAUCAACCGCCUCUCUGCUGACACCGCCGUGGUGGGCCGCUCCAUCACUGACAACCUAUCAGACGGACUGAGAGCCCUCGCCCAGGCAAUUGCUGGUGUCAGUAUGAUGAUCUAUGUCUCCCCCAGUCUUGCGGGCUUUGUGUUGCUCAUUGUUCCUCCAGUGGCUGGCCUCGCUGUACUCUACGGCAAAUACCUUCGCUCCAUCUCCAAAUCCACACAGGACGCACUUGCACAAGCCACACAGUUGGCAGAGGAGCGCAUCAGCAACAUACGGACGGUCAGAGCUUUUGGUAAAGAGCUGUCAGAGGUCAACAAAUACACACAGAAGACAGACCAGGUCCUCAGCCUGGCCAGGAAGGAGGCUGUACUACGAGCCGGCUUCUUUGGAGUGACUGGUCUCAGUGGUAACAUCAUGAUCCUGUCAGUGCUGUACAAAGGAGGCCUCCUAAUGGCCAGCCAGCACAUGACCGUGGGAGAGCUCUCAUCGUUCCUCAUGUACACUUUCUGGGUGGGCAUCAGUGUUGCAGGUCUGAGUUCAUUCUACUCUGAGCUGAUGAAGGGUCUUGGAGCAGGAGGCAGACUGUGGGAGCUGCUGGACAGGAAGCCAGAGUUUCCUCUAAAUGAAGGUCUCAUGCUUCCUCCAGAACAGCUGAAGGGUCGAUUGGAGUUCUCUGAUGUGUCCUUUGCCUAUCCGGCCCGUCAUGAGGCUCCCAUUUUCCAGAACCUCAAUCUAUUGGUUCCAGCUGGCACCAUCAUGGCCGUGGUGGGACCCAGCGGCUCUGGAAAAUCAACCCUGGUCUCACUACUGCUCAGGCUGUACAACUGUGACGCUGGUAUCAUCACUAUAGAUGGUCAUGACAUCAAAGAUCUGAAUCCCUAUUGGCUCAGGAGUCACAUUGGGACUGUCAGCCAGGAGCCUGUGCUGUUUUCUUGCUCCAUCAGAGAAAACAUUGCGUACGGUGCAGUGGACCCAGACGCUGUGACCACAGAGGACAUCUACAGGGCAGCCAGAUUAGCCAACGCCUUUAAUUUCGUCCAGUCUUUUCCUAAGGGCUUUGACACUGUAGUGGGGGAGAAAGGAGUGCUGUUGUCAGGUGGUCAGAAGCAGAGGAUAGCCAUAGCCAGAGCUCUGCUCAAGAAUCCUAAAAUCCUGCUAUUAGACGAGGCGACCAGUGCAUUGGAUGCUGAGAAUGAGUUCCUGGUCCAGGAGGCCUUGGAGCGUCUGAUGGAAGGAAGGACAGUCGUGAUCAUUGCUCACCGUCUCUCUACCAUCCAGAAUGCUCACGCUGUUGCUGUACUGGACCAGCGGCGUAUAGCAGAGUGUGGCCAGCACACAGAGCUGCUAGGCAACAGGCAGGGACUGUUCAGAAAACUGAUGGAGAAACAGGCGUUUCUACAAGAUGAACAGCAACGAGCACUUCGCUGAGAGGACAGGGAGUACAGACGAGUGGAUGAGGAAGAGGUGAGGUCAAUGCCUAGGAAUAAAGUGGCUUUGCUUCAGAAGGGGUGGGGCAGCGGGGAAGAUAGGUAUUGCCUGGAAUGAACAAAGAUGGAUAAAACUAAAGGAAAGCAGAUCUUUCCACAGGGCAACAGAUGAACACUAGAAGAAGAGGAGAAUGGAAAACCCACCGAGAAACAUUGAAGGGUUUUUCUUAAAUGCUGCGACUGUCUAUUCACUGCUGAACUGACUGUUUAGCUCCACAUGAGGAGCUGUUUGAAAAGGAAACAAACAGGGUAAUCUGCCGUGAAGACCCACGAACUGAAACAAGGAUCAGGUUCUUAGAGAUGCUUUAUUUUGAAAAUAUCUAACUAAUAUCUGCACUGAAAGACAAGGUCUGAAAGAGGAUGAAAAGGAGACACGAUGAAGACAGACACUCCUCACACAGCAACAUGUCAUUUUUUAAAAUCACUGUUACUACCAUAGUUUUCGAGGAAAGCCUAAAUCCUGUUUAAAAAUAGUUCAGGCGUACCUGAGACGUGCAGAAUGUAAAUGUGACCGUAUGCAUCUGGUGCAAAUGACUUUCACUCUCACUUUCACUGUUGUCUGUUAUCACUUCAUGAUUUUCAUAAGCAAACCAAAAACAGUCCAGUACCGUGUAUACACAACUGCUAAAUGUGUAUUUGUGACAUAUUGUUUCUAUUUAAAACUUGAAGCCCUCAUGCAGAGUAUUUACAGACAUUAUUUAAAGGAAGCAGCUAUUUGUGUUGUAGUAAAGCAGGACUGGACACUAUGAGGACAUGAAUUAAAGUCCAGGUAAAGUAAAAUCAGAGAGUUCUUUCUUAACACAUGAAACAUGUUAGAAAGGACUUGUUGAAAAUGUGAAAAGACUGAGAACUGUGCAGUGCUCUGUUGUUAAGUUAGACAGUUAAAAAUCUGUUUCUCAUCAUUCUGUGUCCAGGAUUUUUUUUAACAUAACCCCUCCCCUCACCAUAUAAAAACUAACGUGUAGCAUCAGUGUUGUUUUGUUCCUCCCUGUGAGUGAGUGGUGAGUUUGCUACAUUCAGCAAUCUCUCUUGGCUCCUUCAGUCUAAUAAACACACGAAUAACUAUCUUUGUUAAAUGCUACUAUCAUAUAAAAACAAGCAAACUCACCAACAUACCUCUCAGUCUUUCAACCGGAGUCAGCUACCCAGCCUGCUGGCGGUUAAUGCUCACUGCUGUGGUGGUGUUCUUUGUGCUAAUGUUAGCUGCUGAACGAGCUGAAUGAGAGCAGCUUCACAGCAGAUGCACCCACGGCGUCACAGCUUUUCACAUUUUUUAAACCUUAUUUCAUAUUCUUGCCAUUUUUUUCAUCAGUAGAAAACACACUUUUCUGUGAUGAGACAAACUCAGAACACAUAUUUAGUUUUUCUUUACCCAGACUUUAAUUUCUGCACAUUUGCCAUGAAAAAUAUUAGUGAUUGUCCUGUGAGUCACAGCUGAGGUGCUACACAUCUUAAAAAAAAAAAAAAACAUUAUUUCUUUCACCAAGGACUUGGUCUCAGUUAAUCGUAUUUACAUUGGGAUGGGUUUACCAGUAUGUUUAGAUUCAGUGAGAUUUCCUUGCUUUAGAUUUAAGUGACUGCCCUGGAACUGCUAAACCUUUCCAUGGUUACAUGUCAAACACAGUAACUGUGCACUUGGGAGGGUUGAGUGAGGCGAGCUGAACAGCCUCUUCUCUGUAAGAUGUUCUGCUGCUCUCUGGGAGGCACGAAAAGGGAGACAUGUCAUUAAAGUCAGAGGUGGUCUGUGUGUCAUGAUCACAUCUCUCUUAGCAAGUAUCUCAUUGUCUAAAAUCCCUAAUCCCUUCAUCUUUUAUCUUGUCUUGUAAUCUCAGUCACUUUUCUUGGUCUAAUCUAUAAAUGGUGGAAAAACAGAAAAUCAGAAACUAACAUUACGUCAUACACAUUUCUGACUGAACACUGUUGACCACUGUGUCUCUCUGUCUCUUCCAUAAUUGAACAGGAUGUGCACUUGGCCGACAUUAAAUUCUGUGUAAACCGCUCUAAAAGCCACAGCGCUCAUGUUAAAGGGCUCGGCUAAGAAGGAAUGAUUCUCCUCAGUAAAUAUUUUCAUGGUAAAUGUCCACUUCACUGCUCAGGGGGAGUCUGUUGGACUGGAGUGUUACGUGAGACAUGCAAAUGGUCUCAGUUUGAAUACCCUACAGCUCUAAAGGGACUGCAGAUUGGACUGUUUCUAGAAUUGCUCGUGAGAAACAACUAGAUGUCUGAUGAGAAGCUUUAAUUGAUUUACAGCAAAUGAUCACAUAUUAUAUAAAUGUGUUUUUCUGAUGUUCAUGUCCCGUAAAAUGUCUGACCUUGACUAUACUGACCUGUAUCUGUCACUAGAGAGGUGUUUUCACAUUCCUCUACUGAAGCAGGCAGUGUCGAUGCAUUUCCAUAAAAUCCAACCCACAUCAUCAUUAUUGGCUGAUAUUGGCUUCAAAAUGAAAUAUUGGAAUGGGCCAGAAUGCCAAUUUCUGUCAAUACGACAAACCAGUUUUUUUCUUUCUUAAACCACCACAAAGGAAAAGAACAGGCUGUGAAUGAUUAUUAUCCUUAGAGCUUUUCAAAUUUUAAAGGAAAGUUUAAAGACAAUGAAAUAAUAGUACUAAACAGUGCAAACACAAAUACAUGGUCUUAAGCCAGAAGCCAGGGUAUUACACAAGUAGGCCUACAUAAAUGAAAGUACAUACAAUAAUAAUAAAGAUAAAGUGGGGUUCAAUCAUACAGAUAGAGAGGUAUGUUCAGUCAGAGGAUUCGGGGAAGAAAGUUGUGUAAUUUUUAGUGGCAAAAAGUAGCUGGAAAUGCGGCAGCAGGUCAUGAAAAACUACUUUUUUGUUUGUUGGUUUCGAACAAUUGUUUGCAGCCUGGUAUCCACCACCCCCUCUAUUUCCUGACGACAAAGUCAGCUCAUAUACAUGGAAUCAUCAUCAUGUCACAUAGAAACGUUGAUGUGAUUCGUAUGAAAUUUACAAAUGUAAUGUAUCUGUGGUUUUUGCAGAAACCGAUUAUGCCAAAAUUUUCUUCUGGCGGCUGAGCUUCUAAGAUCUGAGAUUCAAAUGACGCAAGGCAACCUAGAUUAACUAUGUCAGUAAUACAAAAUGCUUGAACAGUAACCUGGAACCCUCAGCAGACUUAUCAGUACAGAGAGCGAGAGUUAACUUUAUAUGUGGUCAGACCAUGUUUUACGAAAUAUUAAUCACAGCAAAGUAUUUUUACAUAAUUUAAAAACUUGUCUGGAGGGAAACUUUAAGUCAGUCUCUAUUCGUAAGUAUAUUUCCUAUAUUUUCACUGUCUAUUUCUAAAACAAAAGUCAGACAGUAUGUUGCAGGAGUUUUUCUUUGACAUGAAUUAGAUUUGAAUAUUGCACCAGUUUUAUAUAUAAAACAUUAUCAACACAAUAUUUUCCUACAAUAUUUUUUUUUCUCUUACCAUUUGAAUCAGAUGAAGAGACUGCAAACCUGUGUGCAUUUCUCUGAAUGUUCAUGCUAGGUUUUUUGUUUUUUUGUUUUUUUUGUAUGUUUUUUAUGAGUUAGAAACUUGAAUUAUUGUGAACGUAACUUUCUUUCAUGGUUUGACGGCAGUGAUGCGCAGAGACUCUAAAAACUGGACAUUUAAACAAAUCAGUCUUGAUAAUAUUUAAACAAGGAAUAUAUUAAAACAGCAUUGAUCACUGAUGACUGACCACAUGAAAGCCUUGUAAUGUUGUCUGUGUCUGGUUUUAUAAAUGUAGAGGUUUUAUAUAUUUAUUACAGUGUAUAGACUGUACGGCAACAACAUGUGAGCUCUGUUCUCUGUCUCAGUUACUUAACUUUAAUUAAGAUAACUUAGUUAAGAAAGUUUCCAUGUGCUUUGUUUUCUUUUGUGAUGAUUUUAAUGUUGUGUCUUAAAGGUAGCAACAGAUUUUAAUUUCCUCACACCCCAUUAGUUAUCAUCUCAAAUUGAAACCUUUAUUUUAAUGUCACACCAUGAACAUUGUCUCUGAACAUCACGUGUCCAGACUUGUGUCAGGUGGAAGUACAUUUUUAAAAUCACCAAACUCCACCUAUUCACAUUAAAUUGAAAGAAUUCAUGUUUUGUUAAAAAUCACCUCAACACUCACUCCGUAAAAAGUGAAAGUUUCCCAGUUAAUGACAGAUCCAUGUCUAAUAACAAAUCACAGAAGACCACCAAGAGGUUCUUCUCUUUUUUUAAACUUUGUAUAAGUUAUAAAAAUCAUGAUCUAAAUGAUGUAUGAUAGAUUUUUUAAUUAUUUUUGUGUUUGGUAAAUUAUUCCAUGUAAAGGUAAAUAAAGUGAGGUAUUGAUAGUUUUUAUUUGUGGGAAGAUUGCUUUUGUUAUGUUGAUAUUUUUUUGCAUUGGCAUAGAUUUUAGGGGGGGGGGGCGUGGGGGACGUGUCUCCCUCAAUAAAAACAUUAAAGUAGCAGAGGACUGAAGAUAUUUACACCAUAAAUUGGUACAAAAAAAAAUCACUAGAAUGCAGGAAAUUAAGUGCUAAGGCUCAAAAUUUUCCAGCAGAGAACCCCCAAAUCUCUCCAUUUGAUAUGUUUCUUCCCAUUGUUGAAUUUAAACCUACGCCCUUCUUUAAGUUGCUGUGUACGUUUUGGUAUGUUUAGGCUCAUACUGUGAACACUUUUAUUAAAUUGGAACAUAUUUAAA